GAAUAAUAAUCUUUUUUUUCUAUUUUGAUCCUGGAAAUAACCGGAAAUCUAGCACAAAUUAUUGACUAAAUAUGUAAAGUAAUUGAUAACAAAUUACAUAAUAAGUCAGAAUUUCUAUUUAAUAAUAUGGAUGAUGAUCAAAUAAUCACUGUUGAAUGUUCACAAUCAUUAGAUUCUAUAAUAAAACAUAAUUCAAAUGAGAAAGAUGUAAAAUCUCUUCAUGAUUGUGUUGAAUUAAGUACAAUUAAAUCUUCAAGUAUAAAUAUUACAUAUGAAGAAAGUAAAUUAUCAACUUCAAUCUCUUCUUCUAUACCUUCAUCAAAUCCAACUAUUGUUGAACCUGUAACAACACCACUACCACCACCACCACCAACAACAACAACAAAACCAUCUAUAUCACAAGAUUCUAGUUAUAGUUUAUUGAAUAGUUUUAAAAAACGUAUUAAACAACAUUUAACUUUAUCAAGAAAUUCUAGUUUACAUAAAAGUAUGCAUGAUUUGUCUAUAUCCACCAAGAAACUCAAUUUUCAAUCAACUAAUAAUAAUAAUAUAAUAAGUUUAAAUUCUGCGUCAAGUUCCAUUUUAUCAACGAAUGUAAAUAAAUUAAAUUUAACACAAGAUGUACCAGAUGAUAUAACAUUAAUUGAAAAUGAACAUGAUAAAGCAUUAAUUACUGUAACAUCAUUCACUAAUGAAGAAUUACUUUUAUUACAAUCAAGUUGGAGUUUAGUGAAACAAUAUAUUGAAAAAAUUGGUGUGAUUACAUUUCUUGGCAUAUUUGAACAACAUUCAGACUUUCGUGAUGCAUUCACUGAAUUUCGAAAGAGAAAAUUCGUUGAUGUAAAACAUGAUCCAGCAAUGCAAGUUCAUGGUUUACGCGUAUUAAGCGUAGUAGAUAAACUAAUUACUCGAUUACCUAAAACUGAUGAUAUUGAAAGACAAUUAAUGAUGAUUGGAUCAAAACAUUGUCGAUACGUUCCAACAAUUGCAUUGGUAUCUAGUGUUUCGGACCAAUUAUGGGGUGCUAUAGAACCAGUCUUAAAAGAAGAAUGCUUAUGGUCGGAUGAUUUAGCAGUUACAUGGAGAUCAAUUCUUGAUUAUUUAACUAAAACAGUAAAAUAUGGUUUAGCUAAAACAUUCCAUUCUACACACAAAUAA